UCGACCGGGCGAUUUUGGUUAAAAUAUUCAAAAUGGCGGACGGAGGAGCAGCGAGUCAAGAUGAGAGUUCAGCCGCGGCGGCAGCAGCAGCAGACUCAAGAAUGAAUAAUCCGUCAGAAACCAGUAAACCGUCUAUGGAGAGUGGAGAUGGCAACACAGGCACACAAACCAAUGGUCUGGACUUUCAGAAGCAGCCCGUGCCUGUUGGGGGAGCAAUCUCAACGGCCCAGGCCCAGGCUUUUCUGGGACAUCUCCAUCAGGUCCAGCUCGCUGGAACAAGUUUACAGGCUGCUGCUCAGUCUUUAAGUGUACAGUCUAAAUCUAAUGAAGAAUCGGGGGAUUCACAGCCGCCAAGCCAGCCUUCCCAGCAGCCUUCGGUGCAGGCAGCCAUCCCCCAGACCCAGCUGAUGCUGGCUGGAGGACAGAUAACUGGGCUUACCUUGACGCCGGCCCAGCAACAGUUACUGCUACAGCAGGCGCAGGCGCAGGCACAGCUGCUGGCCGCCGCGGUCCAACAGCACUCCGCCAGCCAACAGCACAGCGCUGCCGGGGCCACCAUCUCAGCCUCCGCCGCCACGCCCAUGACGCAGAUCCCCCUGUCGCAGCCCAUCCAGAUCUCCCAGGAUCUGCAGCAACUGCAGCAGCUUCAGCAGCAGAAUCUCAACCUGCAGCAGUUUGUGUUGGUCCAUCCGACCACCAACUUGCAGCCAGCGCAGUUUAUCAUCUCACAGACGCCCCAGGGCCAGCAGGGUCUCCUGCAAGCGCAAAAUCUUUUAACGCAACUACCUCAGCAAAGCCAAGCCAACCUCCUACAGUCGCAGCCAAGCAUCACCCUCACCUCCCAGCCAGCAACCCCAACGCGCACAAUAGCGGCAACCCCGAUUCAGACACUUCCACAGAGCCAGUCAACACCAAAGCGAAUUGAUACCCCCAGCUUGGAGGAGCCCAGUGACCUUGAGGAGCUUGAGCAGUUUGCCAAGACCUUCAAACAAAGACGAAUCAAACUCGGAUUCACUCAGGGCGAUGUUGGGCUCGCUAUGGGUAAGCUGUAUGGAAAUGACUUCAGCCAAACCACCAUUUCUCGCUUUGAAGCCUUGAACCUCAGCUUUAAGAACAUGUGCAAGCUAAAGCCACUUUUGGAGAAGUGGCUCAAUGAUGCAGAGAACCUCUCAUCUGAUUCGGGUCUCUCCAGCCCAAGUGCCCUGAAUUCUCCAGGGCUGGGAAUGGAGGGCUUGAACCGUAGGAGGAAGAAACGCACCAGCAUAGAGACCAACAUCCGUGUGGCCUUAGAGAAGAGUUUCUUGGAAAAUCAAAAGCCUACCUCGGAAGAGAUCACCAUGAUUGCUGAUCAGCUCAGUAUGGAAAAAGAGGUGAUUCGUGUUUGGUUUUGUAACCGCCGCCAGAAAGAAAAAAGAAUCAACCCACCGAGCAGUGGUGGGACCAGCAGCUCACCUAUCAAAGCGAUCUUCCCCAGUCCAACCUCACUGGUGGCAACCACGCCAAGCCUUGUGACUAGCAGUGCGGCCACGACCCUCACUGUCAACCCGGUCCUCCCACUAAGCAGCGCUGCGGUCACAAGCCUGUCUGUCACAGGCACCACAGACAGCACCUCCAACAACACUGCCACCGUGAUCUCCACCGCGCCGCCAGCUUCCUCCGCAGUCACGUCCCCCUCGCUGAGCCCCUCCCCGUCCGCCUCGGCCUCCGCCUCCGAGGCAUCCGGCGCCAGCGAGACCAGCACAACGCAGACCACCUCCACUCUGUCCUCUCCUCUCGGCACCAGCCAGGUGAUGGUGACGGCGUCAGGGUUGCAAACGGCGGCGGCCGCUGCCCUCCAAGGGGCCGCGCAGCUGCCGGCCAACGCCAGUCUCGCCGCCAUGGCCGCCGCCGCGGGACUGAGCCCAGGCCUGAUGGCGCCCUCGCAGUUCGCAGCUGGAGGUGCCUUACUCAGUCUCAAUCCAGGGACCCUGGGCGGUGCUCUCAGCCCGGCUCUCAUGAGCAACAGUACACUGGCAACUAUUCAAGCUCUCGCUUCUGGUGGCUCUCUUCCAAUAACGUCACUGGAUGCGACUGGGAACCUGGUAUUUGCCAAUGCGGGAGGAGCCCCCAACAUCGUGACUGCCCCCCUGUUCCUGAACCCUCAGAACCUCUCUCUGCUCACCAGCAACCCAGUGAGCUUGGUCUCCGCCGCCGCAGCCUCCGCAGGGAACUCUGGGCCUGUAGCCAGCCUCCACGCCACCUCCGCGUCCGCCGAGUCCAUCCAGAACUCUCUCUUCACGGUGGCCUCUGCCAGCGGGGCCGCCUCCACCACCACCACCGCCUCCAAGGCACAGUGAGCGGGGCCGCGCGGGGCCUGCCACCAGCCUUUGCCACCUGCCGCGCGAGUGGCCUGCCAGCCAGGCUGAGACUGAACAAUGUGAUUGGCUUCCUCUUGCCAUGUUUCAACAGCAAGCAAGGGAGAGAAGGGAGAAAAGGAGAAAAACGCCUACCAGAGGAAAAAAAAAAAAAAGGAUGGAGACAGGACAACAUUUGCCUAAUUUUGUAAUAAAACACUGUCUUUUCAGGAUUGCUUCAUGGAUUGGAGAACUUUCUAACCAAAAAUUAAAAAAAAAAAAAAAAAAGCAGAAACAAAAAAUCAAAAACAAAAACAUAAGUGAAAGGACUACUUAUCAUUUCCAGCAGUCAUGAUGACAAGUUAAGGUGGGUUACCAAUUCCGAUAUAGGAAGGGGAUUUCUUGUUUGUCUAAAUUUCUUUUUUUCUUAAAAAAAAAAAAAUCAUUUUUAUGGGUCUGUUGUACAGGCCAGUAAGUCAUAACAAGGUGUUUAUAAUCGUAUCAAUUGUGUUGGGGGUUCCUUUCUUAACUGGUACAAUUUAGGCAGGCCUGUAUUACUGUAUCUCUAUUAUUAUUGUUGUUGUUGUUAUUGUUUUUUAUAUAUAUAUAUAUAGUUUGGACAUGUUUAUCUCUUGCUCCUGGAUCCUACUUCAGUGAGCUCCCACACUGUGGGGAGGGAGGGUUUGGGGGUAAGGGGAGACUUACGUUCUUAACUGCGGGGAAUGUUCUUGCUGGUUUCCUUAUCCUUGAUGACUCUUACAGAGGUGCUAGAAAAUUAUUUUCUUUUGCCACUUAUGCAAGAGGCUUGGUGCAGAAGCUGAUGGCAGUGUGUGCAAACACUCCCGCUCCACACACGCCCCCUCCCCCAUCAGGUGGUGCCUUCGGAGCACUUUUGUGUAGGAAGCAAUUCCUGCUGAACUGUAGCUCUCACUCACCCCGGAUCAUUGAAUGACCCUGAGGCCCAGAUCCUGCGGUGCACCGGGGCGGCGUCUGCUGUCCGUGGAGACGGCCGCGUGUGUCGCAGGGCAGGAUCUGGUUCCGAAGAGCAAAGACUACUGCAGACACCUGACUUGGUGGUUCUCCUGAUUCCCUGUCUCCUGAGAAAUGCUCCUACUGUUGGUGUGUUUGUUUGUUUGUUUCCAUUUUGUGAAAGUUUUUCAUUCAAACUUCCUUUCAUUUACUUGGCAAAGAGCGAAUUGACUUCUUGAAAUCGGGAAGCUCCUCCCUUCUGUUGUGUUCUGAAGGAACUCCCCUAGACUGUUGCCAUCGAGUCUGUAUCCCCCAAAGAGGUGUGAUGGGAAGAGUCUGUGGCUCCCACCUUUUCCGGUGGCCGCAGACUUCCUUUUCACUGGACGACGUGUAAAUUCCUCUAACCUUAAGACUCUCCUUGCUUCCCUGACUGGAGAAUGCACUUACUAGCUGGGCACGGGGUCUUAGAACCUUUGAAGGACUUUGAGCAGGAACUUUGCACACACCUCAAGUGUCUCCUUGGUUUAUUAGUGAUGCUCCAGCUCGGUAGGUCAGAACGGCAAUACACGUCUCGCUAUACGCUGUAGAAAGUGAUUAGCUUCCGGAAUUGUUUUCAGGGUGUUUCUAGACGAUGUAAAUGAGCCCGUCGAAAGGAAGAGUUUAUGGAAGUAGAUGAAGAGGAAUGAGGGUAACUUGGAAAUUCAAUUCCGCUUUGUGUCAGCGUACUAUUACGAUGUUUUGUCUGUACCAAAACAUUUCCCGGACGACUGGAUCACUGCGUUGCGGCUCGUCUGAGCCCCCUGCUCUUAUUGGAGAUCAGGUUCCCGUUUGGUAUCUGUGGCUGCCUGCUUUUAUCUCCAGUGGCCCAAGACUGCACUUUCCCCCCUUUCGAGCUAGGGUCUGAGAGAGAGUGGACAGGUCGUUUUCGUUCUGAUUGCUCUGCUUAUGUCCCCAAGAGAGCUUGGAGUCUGUGUGUUUGUCUCUUCACAGUGUUGGGAAAGGCAGUGAUACAGAUACAGCGUGUAUUUUUGUGUGUGGUCGUCCAAGUGGGAGACAGGCACCUUAAUAUUAAAUGGCCAGAAACGGAUUUAGUCCCUUUGUUAAUUUUUCUUUUGUUGCUUCUGUCUUCCCGUUUUAUUUCAUGGAGUAUUUAAUUAUCAACCUAAAUUUCCUCUUCUCACCGUUCACCUUCCCUAAAAUCCCUCCAAAAUCAGUGAACUGCAAGCAGGGAAACUAACAAAUAAUGUCCAUCCACCUUUUUUUAUGUGUGGUGUGUUUUUUUUAUGUUGUCGUUUUUUUGUUUGUUUGUUUUCUUUUUUUAACUAAGCUUGAACCAAAGUCAAUUUUUAGCAAGCUGCUGUACUAAUGGACUAGUUUAUAACGUGCAUUUCAGACACAUUGAGGAGAUAGAUGCUACUGACAAUUUCUUUUUUCAUUUGUCUUUAUUUUAUAUAAAAGUUGCUGCUUGUUUUAAUCUUUUAUGUUGGUUAAUUGUAAUAUCCUCUGGGCAGACAUUAACUUGAUUUUAACUAGUGUAUUUAGUUCGGUGUGUAAAUAGAAUGGCAGUGUCGGUUACUAAUUUUUCUCCUCUCCAUCUUCUCUGAUGUUGUUCAGUUUCAUCUUGUAUCCCAACUUGACAUCUCUAACUUUAGUCUGUGCAAAUGGUUUUAGGGCUGUCACUAAUAGUAGCUGCCCAUUAUAAUGAGUCCCUCCCCUGGGAGUGGUAAGUUAGGAGGAAGGAUUCAGGGAGGGAAAUGCUGAUACCCACCGUCCCAGAUUAGAGGUUAUAGCAUUAAUUUCCCAAAACUGCUGCCAAAGGAAGUGUGGAGUCCUAAGAGACUCAAACCCAGUGGAUUAAAAGGAAGGGCAAAGAAAGGCUGUGCUUGUGUGUGUGUUUUCCUGUGUGGUUCAAAAGAUGCUCCCGCUCCUAAACAAGGUUCACCAACGGACUUUAAUGUUUUAAAGAUACUAAGCUUUAAAUAUCAGGACGAUGGGCUUCUAUUCUCUGCCCUGUCUGUGUUCUCUAGUCAGCCUGGGAUAAGGGGAUUCUGCCUUUUCGCGUGUGUGUGGAUCACUUCAUGAGGAUAAACCUUAAACCAGCAUAAAAAUCCGUGCUUAAAAGAAAGAAAUCCUUAGACAAAGGUAACAUUUAAAAAUUUUCUCGUUCUUUUCUUAUUUAAAGACAAGUUGUAAAACAAAAGGUACAUUUGUACAUGUACACAGGAAACACUAAAACAGUUUGUUGAUAGGUAUUUAGCUUAAAAUCACUCCCCACCACCAUCCCUAGACAUUUUGCUGAUCAUAUGGCUUCAUGACUCAACCUUGAGUCCUUUUUGACUUUAUAUUAUAGUUAUCAUCUCAAGAAAUGCUUUUUGAAUUGAGUGAAUCUCCUAAGCUAAGGUACUCAGACUUGACUUUGAACCACCUUAUAUGGGAAAGUCUGGAAAUUAAGGGGGCCAUUUGACCAAAAAGAGGUGUUUGGUAGUUUCUGCAUUUCUAAGCGGUUGGGCCAGAUCGGUCAUCAGAACUCAUUGUACAUUCUUCUUCUCCCCUUCCCCCCCCCCCCCCCCCCGCCUCCAUGUUUAUGCAGAUUUUAUUUCCUCCCUGAAUUUGGUGAAUACAUACUAAACCAAAGACUAAUUCUGAAUGCAUUUAUAGUGAUACUAUAUUUCUGUAUUUGCCCAUGGUAAUGGGCCCUCCCCAGGGAGUGGUGAAUGUAAUUGAAUCCUGCUUAUCACAAGCAGUGCAAUUUGGUCAUGAACUUUAUUUAUACCCUGUGUGAAUCUGAAGGACAGAGCAGAAAGACCUAGAAAAGGGCUUCUUAUUGGAACAAUAUUAUUGUUCCUGAUUUAAGAAAUAAGUUGAGUGCUAUAUAUUAGUUUAAAUGUUUCUGAAUUAUAUAAGCAGCUUUUUAGAAUUAAAAAAAUGUUCACCUCUAUUACCUGACACAAUACACGCUUCCUUUUAUUUAUCUGAUAAGAAAGACCAAUACCAUCCCAAUUCACUCAACUUAUUACUCAAGCAACGGAACCAAAGGAAUCCAACUUUCAUUUUGUGUAGGACCAUACCUAUUUGUACUUCAUGGUAGCAUUAUUAGAAGUUAACGAUCCUUUUUUUUUUUUUUUAAGGGAAAAUAAGGUUAAUUAAAAGACUUUUUGUGAGAUGAUCAUGCUGUUUUGUUCUACAUAAUUCAUUCAUUGUUGGGGGAAAAAAAAAAGCACAAUUAUACCUCUUUUUUAUGUUAUUUUGCCCUGUUAUCCCUCAUGUAUUUGGGAAGAUGGGGGAAUCUUGUCUGUAUUAUCCAGAAGCACAGAUAUUUUCUUGACACAAGAUUUAAGGUCAGCCCAAUCUUUAACAUUAACUUUUCUCUUUAAAUUGCUGGGAAGGCUGGAUACAUUUGCAUAUAUAGGAAAUCAUAUUUGUAGAUAUUUGAAGCUCCAAACCCUGAUAGUAAACAUUGCAGUCAGUGUAUAUAAUAAACGUACAGAAGAAACUCUUUGUAGUUCAUAGUCUACAGUUGUUCCCAACCCACGUCAUCCUCCCCAAACUUUCUUCACCGAGAAAAAAGUAAACCCGUUGAGAUAGGAAGAAAAGGGAGAAGGGCCAGCCGGGAGACGUCCGCGUGCACCGAGCCCCAGGGCUGGUGGGUAGCGCUGGUGGGGAGCUGGUGGGGAGCUGGUGGGGAGUGGCGCCUGCCCAGACCUCCUGCUGGCAGUAUCCGCCGGGUCAGACCCCCUAGGGGCACCCCAGAGGUCAGUCUACGGUUUGAUAACCUUCAGUUGAAGAAGAGCCUCAACAACUCAUGAUGAGGUGUUGGCCAAAUUCUUUUCCAUGGAUUCAGCAUCUAAAAUUGAUGAAUUUAAAGUUCAUUCUCCAAACCAUGUGCAUUGCAGCUGAAAAUAUUAAAAGACCAUCCAUGCUACCAAGAAAAUGGCUCUCAAGACCUGAAAUUUAAAGUUACUCAAAUGGGCAACAGUUGACGGAUUCAUUUGAUCAUAACCACUGAUGAGUUCAUUUUGUAUGUGCGUAUAAAAAGCAUUUAAUGUAUGACACUGUUCAUCUAAUGAUGGCCCUGGCCAUUUUGAAGUCAUUUUCAGUCUUAAAACAUUUUGAAGAUGACACUUUAAGAUGGUAAAUCUUUCUUAGCAUUUACCUUCAUUUUUGAGAAGGAAAAAGAAUCUUUGCCAUUCUUUUAAGAAAAAUAACUAAGAUCCGCUAUUAGGCAGGUUGGCAUAAUGGCGCACACAGUAUAAAUAAAUGUGAGCUUGAACAGGAGCAGGAUAAAUAAACCGCUUUUAUCAUUAAAAGCUGAUACCAGCCCUGUUCUGCCUCACUCUUUCGUUAAUCCAAAGAGAUUAAAUGGGACACCCCGGAGAUUUCCAGUAAGAUAAUUUGAGAGGAUUUCAUCAGGAAGGCAAGGAAUGUGGUGUUUCUCAGAUUUGUCCAGUUUAUACCCAGAUUUCCAUAUGGUUUGUGAGCUGUUGCUUUCUUCUAAUUGUCCUCAUUCGUGAAGCACUUGGGUCCUUGUUUUGGCUCUUCUUUUCUCCGCCUUUUCUAAUAGCAGUAAUUGAGUGAAUCCUACUUUGAUUCUGUGAUCUGGAGCUCCUUUCAGCCCCCUCCUCCUCUUCCUUUUCUUUUUGAAUGGCGAUACCUUAAUCUGUGAGGGUAACGCUGGUGGGUAACAGCUAGCUUCUGGCACCUUCAUAAAAUACCUCAGCGUAGCUUAGCAUUGUUACAGACCUGGUUUUAAUCUAAAAACCAAAAAAAGAAAAAAGAAAAAAACCUUUAUAAAUAGUGGAAAUAAUUCUAGCUGUAGCAUUUAGUUGAACUGAUGUUUAUUACGGUUGAUAAACAUGAUUGAUGCUGUAUGUAUUUGGGAUCCUGUUUAUAGGUUACAAUUUAUAGGGUUAGGGAGGGUUGGGGUGGGGAGAGGAGAAAUUGAUUAUGUUAGAAGGAAAAUGUUGCUCAUGUGUGUUUGUUUUUCCUCGUAUCUGUCUUGCCAAAGGAAACUUGAUUAUCUCUGCAGUGGGUUUGGGACUCGUCGGCCUCUCCGUGGUUUGACCUGCACUGCAGCGUGUGGGUUACACAUGGGCGGUGCUUUAGCUUCAGGGUCCCCUAAGGCAUGUGUGCCCCUUCCCGUGGCCACCCUUGCCCCCAGACCCUGCCAGUCCCUCCUAAGGAUUCAUUACCUCUCUGUGUGGCAAGAGCUUGGGCGAAGGACGCGUGUGUGGACAUCCAUCUGGGUGUGUGGUUGAGAAACGGAGGCCGAAGCAGGCAUGCGCCAUUUCGUUCGGAAAGGACAGACAAGUGCUGCAUCCUCAACUAGGAAAACUAAAGUGGAACAGGUUCUUUUCGUCACCCUCUGUCAUGUUGGCAACAUUGCAAAGCCCUCCUUCCUUUUCUCAUGCCAAGGCUAAUUCCGUCUAGACCAAAAAUUCGAACAGAAGCAAAACCGACCCGAGCAGUUGAAAGCCAGCCUGCUUGCCUCACGCGUGUGAUGAGGCGUGGCCUCUGGGGACUGGCAGGUUGGUGAGACUGAGGUGAGGGGUGUUCCUGGUGGGAAUGUGGAUGAGAAAUGCUGGCUUGGGAAAUACCAAAGCACCCUUCUGCCCGUACUCUGGGACAGACUGCCGUGGCUCUCCACGUUCGGGUAUGGACUCUGCCUCCAGAAAGGUUAUUUUUAAAUAAACCAUCCGUCUCACCGAACCCGAGUGGGAUUUGGUUUAGGUACCAAAGACACUGCUAUGUCAUUGUUGAGUCUUACGUUUUCAAAACAGGCAGAAUAGGAGUGAAAGGCUGAGAUUUGGAAAGGCUGUACCUAUGUCUCUUUCCUUUUCCUCUCCCCUCUUUUCUCCCCUCCCUUACCCACAUUUUGAAGGAAGUCUUGGUUGUCCUGGCUUCGGAAAAGAGAUGAAUUUUGUUUCGCUCUGCUGGCUCUGUAAAGACGGGUAGAGUUGCUCAGUGUAGCAGUGAUGUUCUUAGAAUUGCUGGCCAAUCGGGGGGCGGGGGGGGGCGGCGUAAAAUAUGGGGGUAGAGGGGUUUUUUUUUCUUUAUUUCCCUUUAUCUAACACUUAUAAAUAGAACCAGUACAGCCUGUUUGAGUUCAGAUGAUCCCUAGAUGUGCUAUCUCUGUUCUGUCACUUAAAAAGGAUAAGCAUUUUCAAGAGUAGGAUUACAUGGAAAACCAAAACUCCUUUAUCCUCCCAGGGAGCUGUAUUGUUCCAGAACGGUUUUAUACAUGGGUUCUAGGGAGUUGAGAAGUUCAUUGUCUUGGUGUAUUACUGAUGGGACACAGAAAGGGAGAGAGGGAAAAGACAUUUAUUACUCUCUUAAUAUUCCGUCAAAAAUUGAUCAGGUUGCAGAACUUCAUGAAAGCUUUAUUAAUAAUCUGUUCUGACAUUAUAUAAAAGUGGUAUUAAUAUUGUGUGACCUUUCAAAGCGCUAAAUAGGUUUGUAAGUAGGUGAUAGGGAUAUUGAAGAUAAGAGCACUUGAAGCAGAAGUUAUGGGAAACAAGGUGUGCGUGAUGGAACACCACUUUGAGCACGGGUCGCGGAGGGCAGGCGCGGUGUCUGGUUCUUUCUGUGUCGCUGCAUCUGCCCCCUCUCGGCACGGGGCUCCAGCCCCCCCCCCCCCCCCCCGGCACCACCUUCUAGUUCAGACCCAGGACACUGUCAAAAAGGUCAGACCCCGAAAGUUAAUUUACUGUAAAAAAAACAUUGAGGUCUGCUGCAAAGUUCCCCCGCGUUUUCUUUGUUUACUUGUUCAUCCUUGUUUUAAGUCAGCCCCAACCUUACAAAAGCAGCUUUUAAGGCUUCUUUCAUAACCUGGCAGCAGCAUUGAGUUCUCUAACGUUAUAUCCCAAAGUCUGCAGGCAGACAGCCGGAUACAGUGCCGUGUGAAAAAUGAGACCUCCAAACGCUUCUUUAAAAUUAGAAUCUCCUGCCAAUGAAACCGUGAAAAAGGACAGAGCCCCGUGGAGGGAAGGCCGUGCCCCCCCCCCACCCCGGCCCCGGCCCCCGGCCCCCUCCCGCCGUCCGUGAGUCUGACAACGCAGCAGGAAAGGAGAUGUACUUUCAGAGGCUGAAACGGAGGGGGUUCUGUCAGGAAAGGCCGUAGCUGUAGGCGUGUGGGGAUGCCACGUCUGUGGCGCUCGCCCUGCCCAGGUCUGCAGAAGGCACGGAACUUUUCUAAGAAUCGAGUGGACCGAUGCCAGCCCGGGUGUGUUUAAAACUGCAAAUGUUGGGGGCGGGCGGGGGGAGCGGAAGACUUUGCAGGCGUGUCACAGCGUUGGGCUCUCUGUGGCAUCGGUGGUGUGCCCCCCCCCCCCCCGGAGACGGAGGGAGAGGCAGACGGACUUCUCCCAGCUUCUCCCGUCUGCCUGAGCGCAUUAUUCAGUCCCGGGAGGGAGGCCUCCCGCGUUAGCCGCAGCAGACCACAGGUCGAGUUCCUCCCUCUAUGGUAAUAGCAAAGGCUGGGUGAGUAAGGGUGGCGCUUCCGCCCACCCCAAGUCCAGGACUGUCGUAUACCUCAUUUCUAACUCGUGAUUGAGUAACUUGCUGUAGCUUUCUCAACCCUCCAGAGUUGCCAAGUCCGCCCCCCCUCCUCUAAGUAACGUUGAACUCUGGCCUAUAGCACCACAGGACCUGCAGCCUAGGGUGGGACCUCCUAAAGCCUCUGAAUGUCGCUGCUGAAAAGCUACUGCAAACCGAGGGCAAAUUGCAAUCUUCUGUUUCUUUUCGUUGCAAGGGGGUCUUCGCAGGUCUCUCAACAUCCGCUCUCCCUGCCACCCUGUCUCCGGGGGCUGGCCAGCUCUCCCCGCCCCCGCCUGCUGGGGUGGGAGCGUCCUGUCCCCCUCUGCGGCCUCAGGGUUCUGCUCAUUUUCAGGACUUUGGGUGGAAGGGAAAAAGACACCAAAGGCUCCUUUAAGCUGACUGCUGCAUACACAUUUCACUUUUUUUCCUUUGUCAUGACCAAAAAAAUAAUAAUAAUAAAUCCAAAUAUUUAAGUUUUUAUUAUUAUUAAUAUUAUUAUUAUUUGACAAUCUUGUAUCCGACGGGCUCUUUAGAAGCUGCAUCCCCAGCCCUUUCACCUUUUCUUUGAAUGUAGUUCCCAGCCUUCAAUUCCCACCCCCAGUGUUGAAAGAAAGCUUUGCCAGGUCUUACUACUGCUGCUAUAAGCCAGGGGAGGGUGGUUUCUUUGUUUUGUUUUGUUUUGUUUUUUAAAUUUCCAGCCAAAACCAAAGAUUCCUUAAUGAUUGUAUAAACUCAAAACAAACAAAAAAACCAAAGAAAAGAGAAGUCUUCAGCAUCAAUCCAGUCUGUGGCGUCCUGGCAUUUAGAGGAGUGAGGCUAGGGGUGGGGUUGGGGGGCUGUGACCCACAGGAAGGGCAGGCGGGGGUGGGGGGGGGCGUCUGUUUUCCAUGUGCUCGGGUUUGCAGAGGUGCGUCCUCGGUAGUUUUGCUCUGGCCAACCUGUGAAUGUGCCGUGGAACAAACUGGCAUUUCAGAUUUUCCAAAACAAUAAAAAAGCCGCCAUCGUCGUGAUGAGCCACCCCCCCAGCAACCACGGUCACCACAGGGGCUUUUAGCACGGGGGAGCUGGGAGGCCAAGGCCUGCUGCCGGGCCGCCGGACCCACAGAGUGGGGGGACGUUGAAGACACUGGUGCAGGACUGGCUGCUCUGCUGGGUGCUUGGACCUCUGGGGUCAUGACAGUGAGUACACGCCAAGGUGCCCUUCUAAGCCUUUUCUUCUCUCCUUUACUGGAACUGCUUGGAAGUGGCUCUGCCCUGUUUGUGAGAAAACGUGCAGAAUGAUUAUCGAGCUUUUCGUUUCUCCUUACCGUAGUUGGUUUCCUUUCUGCAGCACCACUGUGCAACUAUGCAUUGUAUUUCACAACCUUUGUGCUAGGUAGAUGCCUGUGACUUUUUAACACAGGGGUGGGGGUGGGGGGGCUUGCAAAUGAAGGAACUUUUUACAUGGAUCUUUUUAAUCUCAGUUGAUUGGGGGCGGGGCGGGUAUUUGGUUCUAGGGUCAUACAAGCUCUAUCCCAAAGCAAAAUCCAAAUGUUAAUAAUAUUAGCCUGAUGCAGAUACCAAAGAUGAUUUCUUUCCUGCAGAACCUUAGACUUGUGUAUUAAGUACGAUUACCCAGCACUUGCAUUAGUGUAACCUCAGUAAUUCCAAAGCUUAGAUGUAUAUUUUGGUAUAUUUCUGGGAUAUUAAAAAAAAAAAAUGUCGUUUAACUUCUUGUUUGUUUCAGUGUAAUGCUCUUAAAGUCAUAGCAUGAAAAUAACUGAACUGUCCUAUUCUUAGUAGUUUGAAAUAAUAGUAUUUUUGUAUGUUUUGGGCGUGUCUAUGUAUGUAUUAACAUAACAGUUUUCACUGCCUAGGUGUUCAUAAUAAAAAAGAAAAUGAAAAAGUUCUGAGUGUACAUAAUAUUCAGUAAUAAACUUCUACCGGGUUCAAUUUGGAUUGCAUAUUUGCUGAUUACCGUUCCCGACAGGGAUUUUGUUUUGUUUUAAGCAGACCGUGAUCGUGUUUUCCUAAAGAUGCUUUGGUUUUUUUUUUUUUUCUCUCUCUGUCUUUAAAUAUCUUAACUCCCCCCCACCACCACCACCACCACCUUUCUCUUUUAUUCCUUUGACUUUUUUUUUCUUUCUUUCUUUCUUUUUUUUUUUUUUUUUUUUUUUUUUUUAAUAUUGAUUCAGGGGUGUUUUUCCACUGUUGUCGAGGGAGGGUCAUAAGGGGUAUUGGCCCCUUGGCCUCCCAAAACUUUUGUUUUAUGUACUUAAGUUUAAAAUGUGAGUUUGAGUUCUCUUUUGUGGAAACUUAUGAUGUGGUGUAAAUGAUUCUUUCCAAAAUUGUCCAGCAGCUUUAAUGAGGCAGUGACAAUUUCUAAGUAGUUGAUUGGGAGUCCUUUUACAUUUCUCCUUAGGUAACUUUGCAAUCUGGGUGGCUCUUGUAUAGCCUCACUGCCCCAGAGUGCCUGGUUAGCCAUUUCCCCUCGGAUAGGAAUGUUUUGUAAGAAUCUGCUGAUAACCUGGAUUUCGGGGGCCCUUGUUAUCCGGGUCCCUGGGAAACACACGUUUUCUGGAUUUUGAAAACCCAAAACGCAAGCAACUUCACAUUUUGGGGAACUAGCUGAUGUGCCUCCCGAGGCCUGAGGAGGUGGUGGGGAAUAUGAGCGGUGCUGUCUCUUUAAAAGUGCCCUUUAUAUGAUUCCCCCUCCUGGGGCCUCCCACCGGGGCUGUAGGCUUGGGAGAGAUUGCGUAGGUGACAGUGAAUCAGAAUGAAAUGGUAGGUUUUGUGUAGAUGCAUUUGUCUGCUGUAAUUUUUAUAUAUAUAUUAAACUUACUGUAACUGUACAGUUCGUUUCUGUUGUAAAACAUCAUUAAACCAUUUUCCAAGUGUU